UUAUCUUCUAAUGAGAUCGACUUCAUGCUAUAGAGAUUAAUUAGAGUGGACUGGAGAGGCGCGAGCUGCAGGUCCCAUCUCAUAAUUCCCAUGUCAUCUAUACGAGGUAGGACAUUUGGCUGGACGUCAUUAUGGGAUGUGGCACCUCAGCUGUUGUCACAGAGACACAAGUCAAAAGAGUGGAGGAGGCUGAAGGUACCUGUGAACCAGUCCGAAAUCCCAGCCCUGCUCUGACCAUGAAGGCAGCUGUUCUGAUCCAGAGGUGGUACCGGCGCUACAUGGCACACCUGGAGAUGAGGAGGCGUUACACCUGGAACAUCUUUCAGUCCAUAGAGUACGCAGGAGAGCAGGACCAGCUGCAGUUGUCCAGUUUCUUCAGUUUCAUGCUGGACAAUUUCACUCAGUUAAACGGAAAUGGACCAGACCUCAUUUCGCAGCUCUUGGACCCUGUGCUGGACCCCUGGUUGGGCAGAGAGACCUGCUUUAGCUGCAUCCCUGUCCCAGACUCUUACACUGGACCCAGAUUGACCUUCCCUCUGUCUGUGUCUGAUACCAACGCUCUCCUCAAUGCCUUCAAGGAGCAGCAGACACUUCAUGCCAAAUAUCUGCUUCAGUUGUUGUGUGAAACCAAAAAGCUCCUGAGACAGAUGCCCAACAUCGUCCACCUGUCCACGUCCUACACCAAAGACAUCACAAUAUGUGGUGAUUUGCACGGCCGCCUUGACGACCUACUGCUCAUUUUUUACAAGAACGGGCUUCCCUCUGCAGAGACCCCUUAUGUGUUUAAUGGGGAUUUUGUAGAUCGAGGGAAAAAGUCUAUUGAAGUGGUUGUUCUGUUGUUUGCCUAUUUCCUGCUAUAUCCGGAUUACAUGCAUCUGAACCGCGGGAACCAUGAGGACCACAUCAUGAAUCUCAGAUAUGGCUUUACCAAAGAAGUCAUGCAAAAGUACAAGACUCAUGGCAGAGAGAUCCUGCAGCUGUUCCAGGAUGUGUUUAGUCUGUUGCCCUUGGCGACGGUCAUCGAUGGGAAAAUCCUGAUCGUUCACGGAGGAAUCUCGGACCAAACCGACCUGGACUUCCUUAAUUCAGUCGAGAGACACAAGGUGAAGUCUGCUUUGAGGCUGCCCAGACAGAGCUUUGAGCCUCUGGAUCUGGGGCAGAGCUACAGACAAACCAAACGACUGCGCUCCACAGAUGGGUCUCGCCCCAACAGCAGCAGGAACCAAAAGACCCCCAACCAAAGAAGAAGGCAUUGCCAGCUGACCCAUCAGGACAGUGCUGCCUCCUGCUCCAGCUCCUCUUCCUCCUCCUCUUCUUCAUCAACACUUUGCUCGCCCCGGAGCCCCUCCUCUCUCUCUCCACGGCCGUGCCCCUCAUCUCCCAGCAUACACUUCACCGUCAACUCCCUCCAGGUGCCUUUCCUGGACUCUCUGUCUUCACUGUCCCCUCCGUCCCCUCCUCAAUACGAAAGAGAGUGGAAACAGAUAGUGGAUAUUUUGUGGAGCGAUCCUAAAAACCAAGAUGGCUGCUAUCCAAACACGUUCAGAGGAGGCGGCUGUUACUUUGGUCCUGAUGUGACCCAGAGACUGAUGUUGCAACAUGGACUACAGCUGCUCAUACGCUCCCACGAGUGCAAACAGGAGGGCUACGAGCUCUGCCACGGAGGAAGGGUCAUCACCAUCUUCUCUGCAUCUAAUUACUAUGAAGAGGGGAGUAACCGAGGGGCUUACAUCAAAAUGGGGAAAGACCUGAUCCCUCGAUUUUACCAGUAUCAAGUCGGACGUGGUACUCGCAAACUCACUCUCACUCAAAGAGUGCGAGUUGCAGAGAGUUCAGCGCUCAAGGCCUUAAAAGAACAGCUCUUCACCCAUCGCUCGGAGCUAAUGGCUGCAUUUAAAGAGUUUGAUCACAAUAACACAGGUUGUGUCUCUGUGAGUGAAUGGGCUCAGGUCCUUGAGUCAGUGCUGAGGCUGGAUCUGCCCUGGAGAACGCUCAGGCCUCAUUUGGUACGUCUGACAGCAGAGGGCGCUGUGGAGUACGAGUCAUGUUUUGAAGAUAUGGGCUCUGGGACACAGCUGGCACAGGUCACUCCAAACUUGGCUGAGACUCUGUUCAGAUACAGGACAGAUAUCGAGAUCAUCUUCAACAUUAUCGACAAAGACCACUCAGGGCUGAUCUCCAUUGAGGAGUUUCGUCAAACAUGGCGUCUGUUCAGCGCUCAUCUCGGUGUGGACAUCAACAAUCAGGCCAUUGAUGAUUUGGCCCGAAGCAUCGACUUUAACAAAGACGGCUCCAUUGACUUCACAGAGUUUCUGGAGGCCUUUCGAGUUGUCCACAAACUGGACAAGUACCAGCAUCAGAGCAGGAGGGACUCAAACACAGAGAGGCUUUAG